AUGGAGUCUGGACCCGGAUUUGGCCAUAAACGUGGCAUGAGCGAAGUAAACACCAUGGCCAGCGAAACGACCCCUCGAGGUGGUCCUGAAAAGGGGCGCUGGUCUAAUGCCGCGACAACUUAUGAGAAUAUCCGCCGCUCAUUGCGACCUCUACCCCAGGCCCCGAGCGCCUCUCCGUCCCUGAAUAAACGGACGGCCUAUCGACAUUCGAGGAGUCAAACAGUCGACAACCCUCAAUACUGGAAAGAGAACCACCCUCAAACUCCUGAAUCCCGUCGCAUUAUUCAUCCAGAAAGUGAGCCCUUCAAAGGAAAGGAAUCGCGCGUCCCCCAGACUCCUCCCUCAAUGAAUUCUCCUCGGCAUUACUCUCCUCAACCAGCUUCGCCCCAGACUCCUACUCAAACUCGAGGCCAUCACUCGCACAGCCUGUCAAAUCCGCCCACGUUCAAGACCGCUUUGUCUGCGCCGGAUCUAGAGACUUUCCAAAAAUCAUCGACCGGCCAUCUCCGGACCCUGUCGAAACUUGCAAAGUCUGGAGAAACCGAGGAGUUUGCAAUUGAUAGCCAUACCCCGUCCGUUGUUGGUUUGCAAGGACGACGGCGCUUGAAGCGUACCGAUUCGGUGGCUGCGAGCCGUGGACCCACAACCGCAGGGAAAAAGAACGCAUCGGCUUGGGCGGCUGGGAGUUGGAUAGACAAGCAGCGGCAAUUCCUACAGGCGUACGAAUACCUUUGCCAUAUCGGUGAAGCCAAAGAAUGGAUCGAGGAGGUGAUUCAAAAACAAAUCCCGCCGAUUGUUCAGUUGGAAGAAGCCCUCCGAGAUGGGGUGACCCUGGCGGAAGUAGUACAGGCGAUGUACCCCAGUCGCACUUUUCGAAUAUUCAGACAUGAAAGGUUACAGUAUCGCCAUUCGGACAAUAUAGCCUUGUUUUUCCGAUUUCUGGAUGAAGUUGAGCUGCCGGAACUUUUCCGAUUUGAACUAAUUGAUCUAUAUGAGAAGAAAAACAUCCCGAAGGUUAUUCAUUGUGUGCAUGCAUUGUCAUGGUUGCUGUUUAAGAAAGGGCUUGUCGAGUUCCGAAUGGGCAACCUUGUUGGCCAACUGGAAUUCGAACACCACGAGCUCGAACAAACGCAGAAGGGCCUUGACAAGGCAGGUGUCAGCAUGCCUAGUUUCUCAGGCAUGGCUGCGAAUUUCGGCGCUGAGACUGAGCCGGAACCAGAACCCGAGCCAGAGUCUGAAGAGGAUCGAAUACAGCGCGAGCUUUAUGAGAAUGAGGCGGCGAUCGUCGAGUUUCAAGCCCAGCUCAAGGGGGCGAUGCUGCGACUACGCCUCGGCAACUUAAUGAACGACCUGUGGGACUUUGAGCCUAUGCUGAUGGAUCUACAAUCGAGACUGCGCGGCGAUUGGGCUCGUCAAGUCAUCCAAUAUAGGCUGGACAUGAGGAAGUUUGCCGUAAACCUCCAAGCGAUCUGUCGAGGUUUUAUCGUGCGGUCCCGGCAGUCGGAUGACAUGAAAAACUAUCAGGCUCAAGAGUUCGAUAUACUGCAACUGCAGACACUCAUUAGAGGCUCCAAGGUACGCUCUCAGGUGAAUUAUCUUCGACGUCAGAUGCGAAAAGAAGAAUCAGGUUUGAAGCGUAUUCAGGCCGCUUUAAGAGGGGCAUUACAGCGCAAGAGAAUAUCAGACUUUGGUGAGAAUGUUACGGAUACUGAGGAGGGGGUCCGAUUAUUGCAGGCUGCCGUCAGGGGAGCUUUGAAACGCCAACAAUUCUCGAGACAGUACGAAGAAACGCGAUCCGCUGAAGAUGAUAUCAAAUACCUACAAGCUCUUGUACGAGGUGCCUUUUUACGACGGCAGAUGAGCGCUCAACAUGAUCAGAUUGAUAGUAUCCGAGGCAACGUGGAGAUAUUGCAAGCAGCCAUUCGGGGAAUGUUGACUCGUAGCUCCAUUACGUCUAUGAGAGACAUAUUCUCUAAAGAGGCUCCGUCAACUAUCGCCAUUCAGGCUAGAGCAAGAGCUUUGGCAGUCCGAAAACGUCAGGCUCAGCUAGCAGACUCCCUUUCAAAUAUGGAGGACAGAUGUGUCAACCUGCAGGCUAUAGUUCGUGGUGGAUUUCUCCGGAAACGCCUUGUGCAUCUCCGAAACCAGCUGGCUGAGCACGUGCCAUUAGUCGUUAGCCUUCAAAGCAUGCUCCGUGCGAGAUCAGUUCGGAACUUCUUGACUUCUCAGCGGGCAGCAUUGGACAAAGAGAGUGGAUGUAUUCUGGACCAGCAGUCCAUGGCCAGAGCUGUUCUCUUACGGCGACGCUUGGAGGCUGACGCAGACGCUCUGCAACAGCAGGAACUUGCCAUAAUUGACUUGCAGGCUCUCACCCGGGCUGCGAUUCUGCGGAUUGAAAUUGGCGGCAUACUUGAGCGCCUGGACGACUGUGAAGAAGAAAUUGGCCAACUGCAAGCCCAUAUCCGAGCGAUGCUUGUUCGUGUAGAUGUUGGGCAGUCUCUGGCCGACCUUGCCGCUGAGGAAGACGUUAUAACCGAUCUCCAGGCGCACAUACGAGGGCAUAUUAUUCGUUCGAAAUUCGAAGAGAAACGGCGCUAUUACCGGGAGAACAUGGAUAAAGUGAUCAAGGCACAAAGCUUCGUGCGAGGCAGAAUUCAGGGUCAGGCGUACAAAAGCCUCACGAGCGGUAAAAACCCACCUGUCGGAACUGUUAAGGGCUUUGUCCACCUCCUCAAUGACAGUGAAUUUGAUUUCGACGAAGAAAUCGAAUUUGAGCGCACGAGGAAAGUGGUCGUCCAGCAAGUUCGGCAAAAUGAGCUGGCCGAACAGUAUAUCAGUCAGCUCGAUAUUAAAAUUGCUCUUUUGGUGAAAAAUAAGAUUACUUUGGACGAAGUGGUCAAACACCAAAAGCAUUUUGGUGGCCAUGUAGGGAGUCUUUUGCCGAACCGGGAGAUCUCCUCAAAGGACCCCUUUGAUCUGAAGGCCCUAAAUAAGACGUCAAGAAGAAAGUUAGACCAGUACCAGGUAUUUUUCUUCCUUCUCCAGACGCAGUCUCAAUACCUUGCCAAGCUUUUCCGAAGGUUGCGUGAGCUUAACACGUCAGAGAAAGAGUACGAGAGGAUCCGGCACCUGAUGAUGGGGCUCUUUGGAUAUUCCCAGAAGAGGCGUGAGGAGUACUACUUGAUCAAGCUCCUGGCACGCUCUGCGAAGGAGGAGAUCGAGAGCUUUGACUCCAUACAUGAGUACUUGCGCUGCAAUUCGUUUUGGAACAAACUCUUCGCGUCGUACAUCAAAUCACCCCGGGAUCGGAAGUUUAUGCGCGAUGUUCUGGGAACUGUUGUCAGAGAGAAUGUGAUAGAUAACCCGGAUCUGGACUUGGAGAGUGACCCCAUGCAAAUUUAUCGUUCAGCUAUCAACGACGAAGAGCUUCGAACGGGCAAACGAAGCCGACGCCAUCCGGAUAUCCCACGAGAAGAAGCCAUCAGAGAUCCCGAGACAAGAGCGACAUUUAUUCAACAUUUACAGGAUCUCCGAGAUAUCGCUGACCAAUUUUUCGCUGCGCUGGAGGAACUCUUAUACCGUAUGCCUUUCGGGAUCCGCUAUAUCGCACAACAAAUGUAUGAGAGUCUCCUUGCUCGGUUUUCGGCGGAGGAUCCUGGUUUUAUCCUUCAGACGGCAGGUCACUGGAUGUGGAGGAACUAUUUCCAGCCAGCUCUAGUUGAACCAGAGAAGUAUGGAGUCGUCGAUCGAGGCUUGACCCAAGAACAGAAGCGGAACCUGUCAGAGAUCGCCAAGGUGAUUGCUCAAGUGGCAUCUGGAAGGCUGUUUGGCGCGGAAAAUGUGUAUCUUCAGCCAUUGAAUACUUAUUGUGCAGAUUCGAUCCAACGCCUUGGCCAAAUAUGGGGUGACCUGGUUUCUGUGCAAGAUGCCGAGACCUAUUUCGAUAUCGACGAGUUCAACGACCUCUACGCUAAGACGAAACCUACUUUAUACAUAAAAAUGUCCGACAUCUUUUCCAUUCAUCAGCUUGUUGCUUCUGAGAUCCACUACAUCUGCCCGAACCCAGAUGAUAUUCUAAAGGAAGUCAUACGAGACCUUGGAAACGUUAAAUCUAACGAGAAUGAGCUCAUGAGCUUAACUGGAACUCAACGACUGACAAAACUCCAUACAGACCCCGAGGCGGAUAUCAAGGCAUUGUUCAUGGAGACCAAACGAUGCGUACUUUAUAUCAUCAGAGUCCAAACGGGUGCCAAUCUAAUGGAAAUCAUGGUGAAACCCCCGACGGAAGAGGACGAGGAGAAAUGGAUGACGCUAGUUCGGGACGAGCUGAGUGCAAAUAACACACGGCGAAGUGCCUAUUCCGAGGCCAACACAUUGGUUGACAUCGCAUCCAUGAGCUACUCGGAGCUGAAGCGGACUGCACUCGAAAAUAUUAUCCACCUUGAGCAAACCGGCAAAAUCCGCAGGGACAAUCACUACCAGGAUUUACUAAAUGACAUCGCCAUCGAUAUCCGAACGAAGCACCGCCGGAGGAUUCAACGACAGCGCGAAUUGGAAAGCACUCGUCUCACGCUGACACGACUGAAUGAUCAGGCUGCCUGGCUGGACCAGCAGCUAAAGACGUACAACGACUAUAUCGAACAGGCGAUGGUGACGCUGCAGAACAAGAAGGGUAAGAAGCGGUUCCUCAUGCCUUUUACUAAACAGUGGGACCACCAACGUGAGCUCCAGAAAACUGGCAAGGUCUUCAAGUUUGGAUCCUACAAGUACUCGGCACGUAACCUGGCCGAUAAAGGGGUGUUGGUCCACUGGAAGGGCUACACUGAACGACAGUGGGACCGGGUCGACCUGACCAUUUCCAGUAACGAAGUCGGCGUCUUCACCCUUGAUGGAAGCAGUGGUCCGAUGAUGGUCCCCGGAGCUAAUGCCCAGAUGCCCUUGGAUGAUUUAUUACAGGCACAGUUCAACAACAUGCAAUUCUUGGACUUCUUCGACGGACAACUACGAGUCAAUGUCAACCUUUUCCUCCAUUUGAUUAUGAGGAAAUUCUACAAUGAAUGA